AUGGAACCCGGCUCCUCUGCGCCCUGGCUCUCUUUUCAACACUGGCUGGCACAGCACCGUGGCGUGAGCCACGAGCGCGUGGAGUCGAGCUCGGACAGCGACAGCGCGUUCGGGGACCCCGUGGCGCUGUCGGAGCUCCCCGUAGGGCACCCCGGCCAGGGCAUGAGCCUCGGUCGCAUGCCCGAAAUCAUGCCGCGACCGGCAGUUCCAGAUUGUAGGCUGGAGACGCGGCUGGUCAACGAGUACACGUGUGCCCGCCAGCAGAUGACCGUGAUGCUGGCUGCACCCGGGCUCCCGGCGCACAAGGCGCCCGUGGUCACCGCGAAGCAGGCGAGCGCGCUGCUGAGCGCCAUCUCCGAGCCCCUGGUCCAGAUCAGCGUGGGCCGGAUGACGCGCCAGCUGGCCUCCCCCGUCAAGCUGCAGCCCACGGAGGCUCGCGGGGUGCUGAGCCUCUGGCUGCUCCCCAACGACAACCUGUCCCUGAUGUGGCACAGCAGCCGGAGCGUGGGCUGCGGCCAGGGCCUGGGCGACACCAUGGCCGAUCCAGCAUGCGACAGCCCGCUCCUGCGCGAGGUCACUGAGUCCUCCUGCCGCCUGGCGGUGUGGGAGGAGCUGGCCCACUUCCCCGCCGGCUCCCAGCUCCUGGAGGACGAGCCGCUGAUGACCAUCCACAUGCUCCGUGGCGACGCCGGCGGCCGCGCCUUCUACCUGCGCCUGCGCGACGACAUCGCGGCGCGCAACCUGCCGGAGGUGCUUCGCGGCGAGGAGGCAGGGAAUGUCACGGAGCCCACGUCGGCGCAUGAGUGA